CUGUCGGCCAGGGAGGUCUGGCUCCCUGCAAACAGUUGCAGGCAUCCACAACACCCCUUCUCUCAGGGAGUCCUGAAGCUUGCUGCUUGGGAAGUUUUCUGAGCCGCAGUAGCAGCCUUGGGGAAGAGAAGAGCAGAUCAGCAAAAGGAGUGGAACAUGUAUGUGAUUUUUUUUUUUCCUGUAUGAGUUAAUGGAUUUUUAGUACAAAGAAAACUCAAACUCAGCUGACCUGAAAGACUGGAAUUUCAGCUCUCUUCCUUUGCUGGGAUAUUUUUUCUCCCCCUUCCUCUCAAAGCCCUUUAAACCAGAUUACUGGGUCACUGACUUUUAUGCAGCCCUCCAGUUCCAAAGGUUUCUAGCUUUUUGGCUUGGAAAGGAAAACCACUACCUUAAGGUUUUUGCUGCUACCAGAGGGGAAACAAUCUGGCCAUUGCGCUCCUGUCUGGAAGAGUUAUUCCUGUUUCUGCUGCCUUCCUGGGUCCAUCAAAGCCUUCUCCUCUACCAGCCAUCAUAUUUCUGGAAGCCACUGGAAGAUGGUGAUGGGGGAUUAGAAACGUGCUUGGGAGGCUCAUUAAUCUUGCCUGCGUUGUCAGGAGUGAUCAGCGAGUUUUUAUUAAAUCUCCCAGGACUGACUGAAAAGCUUCCUUGUCUGGGUCUGAAUGAAAGGGGCAUGUUAAGAUCUCUGGGCUCGCCCUGGGGACCCCUCGCUUUGCCUCGUGGACAGCGAUCUGACCCUCCUCGAGGAAGCUCAGGGGCGCUCCUUUGUUGAAGGACUUGGCCCUGUCAGCAUGAACGCUCCAAGCUGGGCCGGGCCCAAGGCCCUGCUGCUUCUGCUGCUCCUGGACUGGGCCAGCCCCACAUUUAUCACAGUGAACCGAGGGAUGAGGGUGAUGAAGGGCAGCUCCGCCUUCCUGUCUGCGGAUGACCUGAAGUUUGCCAUCACCAGGGAGAAAGAUGCCUGCAAAGUGGAGGUAGUGAGGAAUGAGCCAAUAACGCAGCGGGUUGGAAAGCUCACCCCGCAGGUGUUUGACUGCCAUUUCCUUCCCAAUGAAGUAAGGUAUGUUCACAAUGGGUGUCCAAUCCUUGAUGAAGACACUGUGAAGCUUAGGCUUUACAGAUUUACUGAAACAGACACCUUCACUGAAACCUUUGAGCUGCGGGUCCAUCUCCUGGAACCAGACUGUAACAUCAUCCACAUGAGUGACAGUGAGCUGGAGGUGUCUGAAUUCUAUGGCCUGUCCAAAGCCAUUGAUAAGAACCUGCUCAGAUUUGAUUAUGACAGGACAGCCAGCAUGGAGUGUACCAUCAGGCUGGACCCCGUGAGAACUCUGCUGCCAGCCCAUGGCCAGAUGGUUGUGGUGGAACCUCUUCCAGAAGGACCUCGUGGAGAUCAGCCACACGGUUUUUUCCCCAAGUCCCAACUGGGAAUAGAACUGAAGUGUCUGGGUGGAAGCUGUGCCUUGGGAUUGAAGAAAAUAGGAAGUCUCAAAGUGAGCUGUGAGGAGUUCCUGCUGAUGGGGCUUCGUUAUCAACAUAUGCAGCCCCCCUCACCCAACAUCGAUUACAUCCCCAUCCAACUGGACCUCGUGGAUAGCAGGAGUAAAAGCGUGUACAAGUCUGAGAGAGCAUGGUUGCCUGUCUCUAUCAGAGCUGGCGUUUCAAAUCAGAUUCCAAGGGCUGCGUUCAUGGCCAUGUUUAUUCUGGAAGUGGAUCAGUUCAUCCUCACCUCUCUGACUACGUCAGUUCUGGACUGUGAAGAAGAUGAGACCCCUAAACCCUUGCUGGUGUUCAAUAUCACUAAAGCUCCUCCCCUGGGUUAUGUGACUCACCUGUCAGAUCACACCAGACCUGUCUCCUCAUUCACCUGGAAAGAUCUCAGUGACUUGCAGAUUGCCUAUCAGCCACCAAAUAGCAGCCAUUCUGAGAGGAGACAUUAUGAGGUUGAGCUGGAGGUGUUGGACUUCUUCUUUGGGAAGAGUGCCCCUAUCGUAGUCCACAUCUCCAUCCGAACAGCAGACACCAAUGCCCCCCGAGUGUCCUGGAAUACAGGUCUGAGCCUCCUGGAGGGGCAGUCUCGGGCCAUCACUUGGGAACAGUUUCAGGUUGUUGACAAUGAUGACAUUGGUGCUGUCCAGUUGGUCACGGUCGAUGGCCUGCAGCACGGACGCCUUACUGUAAGAGGGGAGAAAGGAUUCCUCUUCACCGUGGCUGACCUUCAAGCUGGGGUAGUUCGCUAUCAUCACGACGACAGCGACUCCACCAAAGACUUUGUGGUCUUCAGAAUAUUCGAUGGCCAUCACAGUACCCGUCACAAAUUUCCUAUCAAUAUCUUACCCAAAGAUGACAGUCCUCCAUUUCUCAUAACCAAUGUUGCGAUUGAACUGGAGGAGGGGCAGACCGUCCUGAUCCAGGGGUCCAUGCUGAGAGCUUCAGACAUGGACUCCAGUGAUGACUACAUCUUCUAUAAUAUCACAAAGCCCCCAAAAGCUGGAGAGAUCAUGAAGAAGCCAGGGCCAGGACUGAUAGGCUACCCCGUCCUAGGCUUCCUUCAGAGGGAUCUAUUUAAUGGAAUCAUUUUCUAUCGUCACUUCGGUGGAGAGGUAUUUGAAGAUUCUUUUGAAUUUGUCCUGUGGGAUAGCCAUGAGUCUCCAAAUCUGUCAGUGCCACAGGUGAUGACAAUCCAUAUCACUCCAGUAGAUGACCAGCUUCCAAAAGAGGCUCCUGGAGUCUCUCGGCACUUGGUUGUUAAGGAAACAGAGGUGGCCUACAUAACCAAGAAGCAUCUACAUUUCCUAGAUAUGGAAUCAUGUGACAGAGAACUGCUCUAUACAGUAACAAUGCCUCCAUUUUUCUCCUCUGGCCACAGAUACUCAGAUGCUGGGAAGUUAUUCAUGGUGGACAGCAUACCAAAGCUAACCAAAACCCCUCUAGCCCUGGGACUGAGGUCAUUUACUCAGCAUGCUGUGAACCAUAUGAAAGUGGCCUACAUGCCCCCCAUGCAAGAUAUAGGACCCCAUCUCCAACAUGUCCAGUUCACGGUUUCCAUCAGUAACCAACAUGGUGGCACUUUGCAUGGGAUAUGCUUUAACAUUACCAUUCUCCCAGUGGACAAUCAAGUUCCUGAGGUCUUCACCAAUGCUUUGAGAGUGGCUGAGGGAGGUCAAUGCAUCAUGGACACAGAGCACAUCCGCGUUUCUGAUGUGGACACCCUACCAGACAGUAUCUACCUCUCUCUGGCGGGAACCCCACUGAGUGGAAGGGUGGAGCUGAAUGGAUUUCCUCUAAAUCCAGGGGACACAUUUUCUUGGGGAGACCUUCAUACCUUAAAAGUUAGGUAUCAACAUGAUGGAUCUGAGGUUCUUCAGGACGACAUAUGUUUGGAGGUCACAGAUGGCACAAAUUCAGCAGAAUUUAUUCUACAUGUUGAGGUAUUUCCUGUAAAUGAUGAGCCACCAGUCCUAAAGGAUGACCUCAUGACUGUGAUGCCCUGCUUAGAGGGUGGAGAGGUGGUUAUCACUCCUGAAUACAUUUGUGCUACUGACAUGGACAGUGAUGACUUGAAACUGGUGUUUAUCAUCACUCAAGAACCUCAGCAUGGGGUGGUGAGGAAGGCUGGAGUGAGAGUGGACAGGUUCUCUCAGGCAGAUGUUAUUUCAGGGACAGUGACAUACAAACACACAGGUGGUGAGAUUGGCUUGGUGCCUUGUUUUGACACCAUUACAUUGGCAGUUUCGGAUGGAGAAGCCAGCCCUGUUAUAAGUGGCUGUUGCUACCACGGGCCUGAUCCAUCUGUUUCUCUUCACGAGGCCUUCCCAGUGUAUGAUCUCAAUAUCACAGUGCAUCCAGUAGACAACCAACCACCUUCCAUUGCCAUAGGUACCAUGUUCGUUGUAGAUGAAGGCUUCUCAGCAGCCCUUACCAUGAACCACUUGUCUGUCACUGACCCUGACACAGCUACUGAUGACUUGCAAUUUGUUUUGGUUUCUCCACCUCAAUUUGGCUACCUUGAAAACACACUCCCUUCUGUGGGUUUUGAGAAAAGCAACAUGGGCAUAAGUAUAGCUUCAUUUCAGUGGAGAGAUAUGAAGUCUUUGCACAUUAACUAUGUGCAGUCCAGGCAUCUGAGGCUAGAACCGACAGCUGACCAGUUCGUGGUCUAUGUUACAGACGGGAUGCGACGCUCCUCGGCAACACCAUUUUACAUUCAAAUCAACCCCACAAAUGAUGAGGCUCCUGACUUUGUAGUGCAGAACAUUACCGUGUGUGAGGGUGGAAGGGUAGAGCUGGAUUCUUCCAUCAUCAGUGCUGUUGACCUGGACAUUCCUAAGGACCACUUACUAUUCAGCAUCACUCAGAAACCACAUCAUGGCCUCCUCAUCUAUGGGGAACACAGUGAAAACUCUCCUCCAAAUAACCAGCCAGCCAAUGCUCACCAGAAACAUGAACUCAUUUACAACUUUUCCAUGGAACGUCUCAAGACUGGACUGAAGCUGUCAUACGUGCACGAUGGCUCUGAGGGCCUGGCUGACGAGUUUGCAAUCCAGGUGUCAGAUGGGAAACACAAGAUACUUAAAACUGUGUCAGUAGAGGUAUCCCCAAUCAAUGAUGAGAAACCAACAUUAAGCAAGAAGGCUGAAAUGGUGGUGAAUGUGGGUGAUACUCGUAUCCUGUCAAGUGCUAUACUUUCUGCCAUAGAUAAAGACUCUCCCAGGGAGAAGAUUUACUAUGUAUUUGAAAAGCUUCCCCAAAAUGGACAACUUCAACUUAAGAUAGGGAGGGACUGGAUCCCUCUCUCCUCUGGCAUGAAAUGUACCCAGGAGGAUGUGGAUCUGAACUUUCUGAGAUACACACACACAGGAACAAUUGUUUCCCACAACCAAGAUAGCUUCACCUUCUACCUCUGGGAUGGUGACAACAGAUCACCUGCAUUUGAAUGUCACAUCAUCAUUAAGGAUAUGGAAAAAGGUGACAUUGUCAUUCUUGCAAAACCACUGGUGGUGUCUAAAGGUGACCGAAGGAUUCUGACAACCUCCACUCUCCUGGCUGUGGACGCAACAGACAAGCCCAAGGACCUGUUCUACGUCAUCACUUCCCCACCCCGGUAUGGCCAGGUGGAAUACGUCCGCUAUCCUGGGGUCCCCAUCACAAGUUUCAGCCAAAUGGACAUUGCAGGACAAACAGUUUGCUACGUUCAUAAGAGCAAGGCAGCUGGCUGCCAUGACAGCUUUAGAUUCAUCAUCAGCAAUGGACUGCAGACAAAGCAUGGGGUGUUUGAAAUCACACUGGAGACUGUGGACAGAACCUUGCCUGUGGUGACCAGAAACAAAGGGCUGAGGUUGGCUGAAGGGGCCAUGAUUCUUCUCUCCCCGGAUCUCCUCCAAGUGACUGACCCAGACACAUCAGCUGCACACCUCACCUUCAUCCUAGGUCAGCUCCCACAGCAUGGCCAGCUGUACCUGAGGGGGUCAGUGCUGAUCCAACCCAACUUCACUCAGCAGGAUGUGGACAGCGGGAAGGUGGCCUAUCAGCACUCAGGAGAUCACUCCCACACGGACUUCUUUACUUUCUUAGUCACAGAUAGAACAAACCGUGGCUUUGUUGUGGAUGGGAGAGUGCAGGAAGAGCCUGUUCCAUUCACCAUUCAGGUAGACCAGUUGGACAAAACAGCCCCCCGGAUCACACAUUUGCAUUUCCCUUCUCAAGUGAACUUCCUAAAAAAUGGUUGUUAUGGAAUUUACAUCACUUCCCAUGUGCUGAAGGCAUCCGACCCUGAUACCAAGGAUGAUGAGAUUAUCUUUAAGAUUUUACAAGGCCCACGACAUGGACAUCUGGAGAACACAACAACAGGUGAAUUUAUCCAUGAGAAAUUUAGCCAAAAGGACUUGAACAGUAAAACCAUUCUUUACAUCAUAAACCCAUCUUUGGAAGUAAAUUCAGAUUUCAUGGAACUUCAAGUCACCGACCCCACAGGGAACUCUGCAACCCCUCAAAUUUUGGAGUUGAAGUGGUCUCAUAUUGAAUGGUCACAGUCUGAAUAUGAAGUCUGUGAGAAUGUAGGUAUGUUGACCUUGGAAGUUACCAGAAAGGGCUAUUCAAUGGAUUCAGCCUUCGUGAGCAUAAAGGUCAACCAAGUGUCAGCGACAGUUGGAAAAGAUUUCACGAUGACUCCAUCCAAACUCAUUCAGUUUGAUCCAGGAAUGUCAACUAAGAUGUGGAAUAUAGCAAUUACCUAUGACGGAUUAGAGGAAGAUGAUGAGGUCUUUGAAGUAAUUCUGAACUCCCCUGUGAAUGCAGUUCUUGGCAAGAAGACAAAAGCUGCAGUGAAAAUUUUGGACUCAAAAGGAGGACUGUGCCAGACUUCCUAUUCCUCCAACCACAGCCAGCACAAAGCAUGGGAGAAGGGCAUUUGGCCCCUGUUGCCUUCUGGCUCCUCGUCAUCCAUGGCUGGUGGUUUCCCUCAUCUGGAGAGAAGAUACCCUUCAUCUUCUAAGCAGCUAGUGGUUACCAAGGGAGGCACCCUGCGGGGCUUUGAUGCUGCAGUUCUUUCUCAAAGGAAGCUUAGGACCCAUGGGAAUGGCAAGGCAGUUUUACCAUCCUCUGUUUAUAAAAAUGGAACAGACAUCAUCUAUAAUUACCAUGGAGUGGUUUCUUUGAGACUGGAGAAUGACAGUUUUCCCACUCACAAAAGGAAGGCUACAGUAUCCAUUCUUAGUCAACCACACCGGACAGUCAAGAUGGCAGAGCUGCCACCAGCAGAUAAGGCUGAAUCCACAAGUGCCUCACACUUCCCCAGACAGAACCAGUCGCCAUCAUUCUCAAAGAAUUGCACUGUGGAGAUAAAGGGACUCUUCCAUUUUGAAGAAAGUAACCAGCAGCUCUAUCAAUGUAAUGGAAUUGCAUGGACUAUCUGGAGCUCCAAAACCAAGGUUGGGACCCAGGUUGAGCAGCUGAGCACUGCUGAGCUGAUGGAGUACAGUGAUCUGGAGACAGAAGAUAAAUCCUGCCCAGCUAGAUGGCACCUUCACUCAGGUUACUGUCAUACCUUGAUUACAGAACAGAAGGGCACCUGGACCAUGGCUAUGCGAGCUUGCAGGGAACAACACCUGGGCAACCUUGUCACUGUAUUCUCCAGACAGCACAUGCAGUGGUUGUGGCACAUCAGUGGAAGAAAGCCCUUUUGGAUAGGACUGAAUGCCCAAGAGCGUGCUGGCUGCUGGGAGUGGAUUGGUGGUGAGCCUGUUGCUUUCACCAACUGGAGGAGAGGACGUCCUCCAAACUCAAGGCCUGGAAAGAAUUGUGUUUUGGUGCAAAAACAAGGGAAAUGGCAAACAAAGAACUGUAGAAAGGGCAAACCUCACAAUUUUAUUUGCUCCUGGAAACUUGAAAUGUAACUGGCUCUGCACUUGAGAUUUCUCACCUAUUUAUUUACAGGACUUAGGAAUAUUGCUCAAAUGAAAUCAAAUUGUUGUGACUGGCCCUGUGUACUUUUGUGAUUCUAUAUAGUAACAAAGAAAUCUAGACUAGUAGUUCUAAGAAGAUUGAUAGAUGAUUAUUUCUUACAAAUUGAGAUAUAAUUUUUGUAUCUCAAUAUCUUUCGAAAUAAAUGCUUUCAGUAUUAUAAAGUAUAAGAAUUGUUUAUUCCUGAAGGCCUGCACCCUUCCCCUCUCCAAAUAUCAGAAAGGAUAAAUUUUCAUUGUUCUUAGUUUUUUUUUCCCCGUUGCCUCAAAUCUGAAGUCAAUAUUAUGGGGGCUUCUACCACUUCAGUCUGAGUGAAGCUAACCCUGCCGGUUCAUUAAACCAAGGUUGAAAUCCGAAAGGUUGGGUUGUUCCUUUUGAGCUCUUUAAAUGGGAAGACUAAAAUUAGAGGCUGUGGAUGAAAAGGAGAGUUCUCUCUAAGAUGGCAGAGUAUUUCACAUAGAGGUUAAAUGCACAGGUCUACUUCAGGUUAGAAUUUAGGGGGCUAUCUGUACUUCAGUGAGCUACCUACAAUAACUUAUGAAAAAAAACACCUCUUUUUCUAAUAUGAAUGUUGGCAUUGUGCCAGUCCAAUGUAAAGGAUUGAGUUUCUCUGGCCUUCCACUCUUGAGAAAUUUGAAGUAACAUAAUAUCUUCAUCUGCAUCUGAGUUUUUCUACUGAGUAGCAUUUCUCAAGGGCAUUCGACAUAGGGGAUAUGUAUGAAUGACAGUUGACUUACAGGAGAAAAACGUACAUCCUCAGAAGUACCCCUAUGAACUAUGCUGAUGAACAGAAAAUAACAUUGAAAACAGAUCCCUUGAAAGGCUAUCUUCUCAGAAAGGUUUUGGAUACAGUUUUGACCCUUUAACUCUUUAAUAUUUGAAGAACUAUUGUAUUAACUAAUUCUCUGCUAGAAAGGCCUCUUGUUAAUUUAUAGACUCAGCUGAGUAAAACAUUUGUAUAGCAUUGAAGCAGGUUGUAUCCCGCACUGAAAUCCCUUUUGUAAUCAAGGUUUAAUUAUAAGAAAUUAUUUUACUUUUGAAUUCUUGUUAAAUUUUUCCCCUUUUAAUAAUCACUGAAAAAUAUGGUUGCACCAAAGGUAACUUGUUAUGGUGUAUCAGUGUAACUUCAGAAUAGAAAUGAGGGUCUCGGGGGACUAGAGCUUCGGUACAUGCCCUCUGUCUCUGUCUCUGUCUCUCUAUUGGUCUUUUUAUCUCUUACCCUGUGUUUCUCUGUCUCUCCCUGUCUCUUUGUCUCUGUCUCUAUCUCUCUGUCACUCUCUGUUGAACCUGGUGGGCAUGGUAGAUUUAUUACACAUUUUUGCAAUGAAAACAACAUAGCCAGAAUUGCAAAUGGUUCUCUCAUAAAAUUGCAAAUAAUUCUCUCAUAAAGAUAUCAACUCGAAAUGCUGAAAGAAUAUCUUAAAAUAUCCCUCAUCAUGAAAGCAUUAAUCAAGUUAAGAAGUCAAAUCCAAGUAAUUGAAAGAAUAUACAAAUUAGGCAAUGUGGGUGCUGGGAAAUUUUCAUCAGGACUGUUACUGAUUUGUCACCAUUGGGCUUGUACUCAGGAAAAAGACAUAUGUGAUUGUCAUUUCCAUAUCCCCUCCACUCUUUUGUUCACUGUUCCCCUUCAGGUUCUGGUGGGCAAAGGUUGGGAGGAAAUCAGUGAGAAUGGGAGGUUAUAGAAGGCAAGGAGGAUGGAGAGUUGCGUUGGAAGGGAUGAGAAUGAUGGCAGCUAGGAAGGAGAGCUCUCAACACUACUCCCCUAAUUUGAAUAGUGAACCAGGAAAUGCCCUCUAUCACAGGCAUUCAUCCAGCUCUAUAGUAUACAACUCUAGCAACACAUAGCAUGUAUACUUGCUAAAAAUAAAAUUUAAAGCAUAUAAUGAUUUCAUUUCCUUCCAAGGGGGUGGUGAAAAUGAACCAGGUAACAUUUAUUUGCAUUUGUGUUUUCAUUUAUUUUUUAAUACAGCCAAAAAGAUAUGCACAUAUUUUAAUAAACACUGUGGUUCUGUGUAAUUUAAACCAUAAGCUGGUGCUGAUUAUUUUCUGCUACAAAGCAGCUUUUUUAAAUGUACUGUAUCUUGUAUUGUAUCAAAAUU